AUGUUGCACUUCACACAGAAUCAGAACGUGCCUCCGGCGGGCACGGCACCAUUCGUCAACAGUGAGCCGAAAGCCAGCGGUCCUUCUGCCGUCCCGCAUACAACCUCGGUCGCCUACACGAAGGCCUGCGCUGGGUCCGUCCCAUGCUCUACACAAUCCUUCAAUUUCAGUGCAGGUUGCCAAGCCAUCCCGAACAACCAGCCUCCUCAAAUUGCCUUCCACCGUCGAUUCCCACCAGCAAUCGGACAAGGAAAUCCGCAAAUCUCGCCUUCUCUUGGCGCCGCCUCUCCGAAUCCGCCUCCAUAUUUUGCUGUGGCCGCUGGGAUGCCGGCGUCCCAUCACAUCGCGCCUCCGGGCGCUCCCCUCAAUUCUUGCCCCCUCAAAGUCUUGCCCUCCGUUACGGGUCCGCCGCUUACCCGACAGUACUCGCGCGCCGUUCUUUCGCAGUAUCCUCGCCCACCUGCGGUCAACUGGGGUGCCCAACAGGCAUUUGGAGGAAAUCCCCUGGACGGACUUCAGCCAAGUCCUGUGCUUCGAUCGUCUUCGGCACAUGUCCUGCUCCGCGGGUGCCCUCUGCCCAGACCUCUGCCGAACACGCCGGGACACGUUCCAUGUCCUGUAGAGCUUCCGGCGCAACAAAUGCGCCAGCAAACGUCUGAACAGAGUGCUGUGCUCUACGUGCAGAAUCACUUGACGUCGACACAUUUUCCUCAGCAACCAUAUCAAGGACCCGCAGAACGGGCACCCGUCGAGCGGUCGUGCACGCAGCAGGCCGGACGCACGGCAACGGCGUAUCAGAGCCAGCUGGACGCUCGUCUCCCGGAUGCACGCCUGUCCCGCGGCCUCCUCCCCUCUGGCUUCGAAGCGUCUGCACUUCGUGGUCGAGUUCCCACGCCAGCUGCACAGCGGCUUGGAUUUUUGCAGCCUCAGUCUUUACUACCAGGCCCAAUGCCUGUGCGGGCUCAACCGGAGGCCGGGUUUUGCUCAGCCUCCGCAGCGCAGGCGCAGCCCGUUCAUUUAGGGAAUCCUGUCACGCUCAGAUCAGCUGUUUCCGCGUCAACGGUGUCAGAGGCUGCUCCUGAAGAACCGCUUCUGACCGUCCAGCCGGAUAUGAAUAAGGGCAAGCCGCAGCAAGCAGGAACACGCCUUGGUACAGGGCCUGCUGCGCCGAGCCUCGGUCCCGGUGCGUUCGCCUGCUCUAUUGCUGCAAGAGACAUGGUCCCAGCAGAGACUAGGGAGGUCUUGGAGGCCGGAUCUAGAUGCUGUAAUACACGUGUGAAUCUGCCAGAGAGCACGGGUAGUCUCUGCGGGUCUCGUCAGGCUCAGAGCUGUUUGUUUCACCGUGCGUAUCCAGUUUGCGCCACAGACGGGGCACCACCGUUAACGCAUUCCGCUGCCGAGAACCCUCAGCAGGAUCGCGGAAGGUGUCGCCUGUCGCCAGUGAGGUCUCCAGAAGGCGCAAUACUGGUCCCGGCCUCCGACGGGCUGCGGGACACAGCAGAUGGGAUCUCUGGGUGUCGUGGGCAAGUGGGACAGACAUCACUCUUGCAGACAUCUGGGAGACAGGAAACACGCAAGGGACUGUUUGUCCUUCGCUCCGAAGCCGAGGAAAGAAAUUCCGUCGCUGCUGCCGCUGGCAGCGAACAUGGAUCUUCAGGAAAGCUGGAGCCGUGGCAGAACCCGACGAUGCCGCACGAAGGUUUCUUCCACGAGCCCCGCUCCGAGAGCUCGACAGCAGACGACGCUCUUUCUCAGCGAGUCGAAGCCACUACAGGCGAGAAGGCAGACCUCAGUCGCCUGGUUCGCUCUGCAGACUUCGGCGUGGAACAGGAGGCGGGUUGUGGCCAUGUAACUUACGAAUUUUGCUCUGCAGAAUCAGACUUGGAGCGGGAAGGGCUCAUGUCGGUGGAAGAUGAAGACGGCCUUGACGAGGGAGAUGAAGACGCGUGGGGAUCAAUCUACUCCGGAGACGAGCCAGUGAGGUUGGGCGACGGUCCUGAUGAGGAGGUGAUAGGGGGAUCAGAGAGUGAGGCACAAGAUGAGGAAGCAGACACGUACGAGAACGACGAUCUUGGAUUGCUCCGAGCCUCGCAGGCCGCCGUUGCCGAGGCGGAUCGCGGAGACGACGGUCUUCAUACUGCUGGCGACCUCGACGCUCACCAGGCGUCGCACUCCGACACGGACGAGCUUCGACUAGCAGACCUCGAUGAAAAAGCAGACGCGCGAAGCCUCGUCACGACAGACGCAGACAUCCGCAUGCCUUGGGCGGACGAUCCGUGCAUUGAUGUGCAAAUGCCCACUCCGAGAGCGCACGCAGAGUCCCAAUCCGUGGUCCGCGUGUCCGUUCCACGGCCCCAUGAAGUGUCGGACAAGCACGACGGCCUCUCAGCCGAGCUGCUCGAGAAUUCUGUAGCAUCGAAUCCGGAUGGGCAGACAGAUGCCGAAAGGACAGGGCCAGAAGAACGCGAGGUCGAGCGGACACACACGAAUCGUAGGGGACGCUCCAAGACCAGCAGGGGCGAAACGGGGAAGAGAGACGAAAAUGCAGCCCGCGCAGCAGCAGCAUCAGGCACCAUUCCUUGGAACGAAGUCGUUCUCAACACCAAGAUGUGCAGAGCGGAAAAGCCACUCAUCAACACUAUUGGCUGUCGCCUUGGGUGGGCUCGACAGGAACAAGUUACCACGAAAGGCAAUAUCGUCUGGCUUGGAGGCUCAGUCCCGGACCACGAGCAUCUCCAGUAUAUGAAGCCCCUGCAGCUGAUCAAUCGCUUCCCUGGCAUGUGGGACAUGACGAAGAAGAGGAUGCUUUCGCGAGUUCUUAGUCUGUAUCAGCAGCUGUACCCCCAUCUCUUCAAUUUCUCGCCAGCGUGCUGGUCAUUGCCGGAGGAUCGAGAAACCAUUGAGCAAAUUCUCCACAGCAAGAACCAGGAAGUGUAUAUCCUCAAGCCCGACGGAGGAGCCAUGGGCAAUGGGGUCCAACUUGUCACGCGCUAUAAGGAUAUCGACUGCAUGGUGCUUCGAGGAGACGGAAACUACAUCAUGCAAAAGUACAUCUCCAACCCGUACCUGAUGAAUAAAAGGAAAUUCGACUUCCGCAUUUACUGCAUGCUCUUCUCGGUCAAUGGAACACCCAAGGCGUAUAUUUCCAAGCUCGGCAUGGCGCGCUUCUGCACAGAGCAGUACCGCGCGCCUACGCGGCGCAACAUUGACAACCCGUUCAUGCAUUUGACAAACUACUCCAUCAACAAAGACAACACCUCUUCAUUCAUUCGUUCCACGGACCUGCACGACGACAGCAACAGCAAACGCAUGCUCAAGGACGUCUUCUGCGACCUUGCUAAAGAGGGCGUCAACAUUGCCAAUGUCUGGGACCAGAUCAAGUCCAUUACCGCGAGGACGGUCGUCUGCCUUUACCCGUGGCUUAAUCUGCGUUAUCGCCACGUCUACAAGGGCCGAGAAUCCGAGCCGUCUCGGUGUUUCCAGCUGCUCGGCUUUGAUAUUCUUCUCGACGCGGACGAGAAAUGCUGGCUUCUGGAAGUGAACUCCAACCCGAGUCUGCGCAUCGACUAUUUUGACAGCAAGUACGAAGGCGUCGACGUUCAGCUGGAGAGCGCUAUGGACCGCCACAUCAAGGAGCCAGUCGUCUCUGAGGGUCUGGGACUCGCGUAUCGCCUUCUGCUCCAGGAUCGCCGCCGCUGCUUCUCCGCCGGCGGCGCUGAGAAGGGACGAACUUCGGACUUUUCCGCUUCGCUUCUCGGUCCUCAAUCGCGUCUGUCGGUCUUGGCUCCAGGAAACGCUGCGCAUGCACGUAGUUCUCUCUCGAAGACCCUGACUCCGUGCCGGCCUCCUUCGCGACAGUCCUCGCGCGCUGGCAAGGUUCCGCUGCAUGCCAGCGGACGCGCAGCAUCUCUGGAGAGAAGCGCCUCGCGCCCCAAGCUCGCGGUCAACAAAGCGGCCUCCUCAGAGGCUGAAGGCGAGACUGUCCCUCUCGAGUCUGGAAAGCCGUCGACCGGCUCCGGAUGGGGAGGCGACCAAAGGGGACGCGCGAAGGUUGGUGAUGAAAAGGAUGCGCGAGUCAGUGCGGGCAGACGAGCGGGUUCGAUAGCAGCCUGCAGCUGCAGAACGGCGGAGAAGCGGAAGACAUCGAAGGUGUCUUCAGUUGCCAGCACGGCCAAGGCCGCAAAAGAGACCAAGCAGAAAGACCUGAGGGAAAAGCGAGCAGGAAGAGACGCCGCACGGCAGCCGGCAACUGCUGCUAAGAAGCCAACGAAGAGGAUCGGACGACGGCAGAAGGCUGAAGAGGAAGCGGCUGACGAUGACGUGUCUGAGGAGACCGAGUUCAAAAUGGAGCACGCGGUUGAGAAAGUACGCGCGCUUCUGGAACACAUGGAGGCGUCCGGAGCGUGUCAGUUGAAGAACUCCGCGGCCUUCAACAGCCCGUCGACUAGUUCAGCUCCGCUGCCUUCUGCAGGCGAGGAGGGCGCUGAGAUGAGCAGUGACAACGAACUCCGCGCGACUGGCGAGCGCAGGGAAGGCACUGAGCUCGGCCUUAACGUCUCUUCGAGGAUGAGCACCACGACGAGCUCGAGGGUCUCGAGUCGAAAUGGAAUCCCAUUCGCCGGUGGCCUAGACUCUGACGAGGAACGCAAGAGCCAUGCGCGUGGAAAAAAGCUCGAAAUGCUGUACAGAGCAGCAGGCGCGGGGGUGAAGCAGGUGGACGAGGUUGGCGACAAGGCCGAGCCCGCGGACGCGGAGACGCCUGCUCAGACGCAGAAAACGAAUCCGGAAAACGACGGCGAGUUCCACCAAGAGGAACUUGGAGGCCAGCACCCCACAGAGGGGUCUCCUCUCUCCCUCCCUCGCCUCGGGUCGGCGGAUACCGCUGCGACUUCACCGCCCUCUUCACCGCGUUGUGCCGGCGAAGCCGCGUCGCCUGAGUCCCCGAGGCAUUCUGCAGAGGAAGCUCUCCCCAGCGUGGAGGCGAAGAGCGACCUGCGCGCCCCGACGAGCUUUUCCCCUCAAAAGGAAAUCCUCAGCUCCACCGUUCUCACUGUGACGGGCUCGCCGCUCCCGGAGGCCGAGGAGUUGUGCUACGAGUUGAACUUUCUCGACGCCGCCUACAAGGAAAUGCAAAAGUGCAUGGACGGCUUCAAUGUCUUGGGGCUGCGCUUCGCAAACCCAGCUUCGCGGGAAGAAAGCAAACCCACAGAGGAAGGGAAAAAGAAGUUCCCACCUGGCCCGUACAAGCCCUUCCUCAGGAAAGAUCGCGUGGCGGCGAAGAAGAUGCAGCCGCAAGUCAAAUCCUCUUACACGAAGUUACAUAAGGAUAUUCUGCGUCCUCUCUCGGGGGAGCACGCGAAGCCGCAGCAUUGUUGGAUCGACCUGAAUUCGUCGGUGACCGACCUCGUGUCUGAGACAACAUGCCUGCUCCGCUUCCAGCUUCUUUUCGAAAGGCUCAUUAAGUUCCCGAAGGCGCUCGCAUUGCAGAGAGUCCCGCUUCUCGACGCCUGUCGGGUCGUCAAGCUUCCGGAUAUUUUGAGAAAGAUUCAAGUUCCCCUCGUCACUCCAACUCGAACAAACUCCAAGACGGGGCCGCGUUCCUUUUCGUCGAAUGCGUCUUCGCACCUCUACGCGGCGCUGGCGCGGGGCUCCACCCAGGAUGCGUCCGCCCCGCUCUCUGCGUUCGGACGAAGCAACAGUCGAGCCAACCUGGCGGGCGACUCUGCUUACGGCUCGUGUCUCUUGUCCUCCGCCUCAGUCAAGUCGCUUUCUCACAGUUCCGCAGCGGCGUGCAGCCGCGCGGGGGGGCACCCGGGGCCCUUGGGCCUGCAGCGCCAGCGCCUAACUGGGGGUGCGGCGCAGGCUCCUUUUUUCUCGACUCCGCACUUGAAUUCCUCCGCGCAACGAAGCAUGUCCUCCUUGUCUGCCGAGAGGCGAAGACGCCUAGGCCUGCCCGACAUAGAAGCGCUGUGGUACUACCACCUGCAGUCGGUGCGAAAGCAGCUCCAGUUGCCAGAGGGGUCGUAUGGAUUAGGAUUGCUGGAGGCGUGGUACGUCUUUGAGGCCAUCGCACUGAUUUGCUACCCCUAUCUGCCCUCUAAGGCGAAGCUCCUGGAGGCUUUUUUGCACGUUAGCACAGGGCACGCGAACUCGCACCUGUCCUCCGCGGCGUUUCCUUCCGGAGGCAGGAGGCUGGACAAGACAGAGCCCCCGGCACUCGAGAGAGGACUGGAAAGGUCCCGCUCUCAAACUGUCUUUGUCAGGGAGCUCGAGGAAGCUUUGCGGAAGGUUGAAGAGGAGGAAAGACAGGCUCUGCAACUGUCGAAACGGAGAGGCAAACUGUCGACGAAAGCGAAAGGCGGCAAAUGCAUUUCUGCGCAAACGUCCGACCAAGAACGUUCUGAUGACGGCUCAGAGAACGCAGCCUGCAGGAGCGAUACAGACUCCUCCUCGCUUCAGACGUUGGAGGGACAGGAGUAUUCGGAAGCAGAGAGGUUUUUCGAUCAGACGGCGCCUCAGAGAGACCUCAGCAGUCGGUCUACGACGGGAACAGCCGGCGACGCGGGUGUGUCGAAGGAGAAGUGCGCUGCCUCGGUCGCUACACUUCAGACCGCUCGGGCAGGAAGCGGUUUCGCCGCUAAUGCGCGCGGCCGACAGCUGGGGACGGAAAGCAGAAAUCGAAGCCGUCUGCCCUCCGCCUCAAAGCCGAGAAAUUCCGGCUCAGCUCCCGCGGCGGCUGAAGAGCCAAAGAGUCGAAUGAUAGGCUGCGGGAGGCGCUUGUCCUCGUUGCCUUCGCGCCUCCAGAGGCAGCUGCUGUCGGACGACAAAGAACUCGAAAUGGACGAAAAGCUUCGAGGCAAGUCAGGCGGCGAGUCGCUACUGUCGGUCGACAAGAACAGGAACGCGGGCUGCGGCGACGCGAGCCAAACGGACGCCCCUGUCUGGCACGAAGGCCUCUGUUCAUCUUGGCCGGAUAUCGGAGAGUUUGUGUGCCACCAUGUGCCAGCGGAAGACAGGAAGGCUGCCAUGGAGAGGCUUAUUGACUACUUCCAGCUACGAUGGGAUCUCCACAACUAUUGUGUAUUGCUUCAAGGAAAGACUGUGUAG